AUACUCUAGAGUAUUCCUCUUAGCACAUACAUGGUCACAGGUUCGAGCAGGACUAGUACUUGGCCUUACUCUCGGAUCAAGUUGGUUCUGGUUCGUAUUCCAAACUCUUGAGGGCUAUGGUGUUCUAUACCGAUUACAAUCAUUUAUCGACUUACUUAUGAUGAAUGAUGUUCAACGUCACUUAUGGGUGACUAGGAUGUAUAGACGUGAACGUACUAGUGUACUACAUGGCAAUGGAGGCAGUAGUCCUACCACCUCCCGUACAGAGUCACCAGUCAAAGCUGAUAAUAAUGAGUUAAGCGCUCAUAGUGGAGAUAUGCCUUGUAAGAAAGCUGACUGA